AUGCAAAUUGUAAGAAAAUCCAAGAAUGCAGUUCCUGUGAUAACAUUCUUUAUAAUCCAUGGAUCUCUCAUCACAGAACAAGCACUCAGCAAAAACAAAACAAAAAUGCAGGUGGUGGUCGAGAUUAUGACAGGGACAAUCUUUCACGUCCAAUUAGGCGACAAUGCAACAGUGCUAGAGUUGAAGAUAGCAAUACAAAAUCAAGAAAACCUUCCCGGUGAUCGCCUCAUCCUCUUACUGGACAAGGAUGGAGAUCAUAUAAUGAUGAAUGAAGAUCAAAAACCCCUCAGUGAAUACGGGGUCCAAGAUGGCUCUCGCCUCUACGGGUUUUUUAAGCUCCCUGAAACUCAGGAAGAAAAUGAUGAUGAUGCUGAUACCGGUGAUGACAAGGUCAUGGAUAAAGAUAGGACUGAGAGUGAAAGUGAGGAAAUGAAAAAUGACAAUGAUGGUAAUAACAGUGACAGUUCCACUCCUAAAACUCCAUAUGAAGAGGAUUCUGUUCAAUCACCCGAGUAUGUUUCAGGCUCAGGCUCAGAUUAG